AGGAUGCGAGCUUUGAGCUCGCAAGACAAGCAGGAAAAGAGAGAAGGAGGAGGCGUGGCGAGUCAAGCGAAGCGAGAUCCAUGAGAAUCGAGAAGUGUUGGUAACCAAAACAGGAAAAAUGGAAACACCUGACACACCACAACACACAUCUGUCCGUCCGUCUGUCUGUGGUGUGUGAUGAUGAUGUGGGUUGUCUGGUCCAGGUACUGUUCCAGCAACAUCUACCCUGGUUGGUGCAGCAUCUCGUCGAUGACGGACUCUCACACCCAAUGGCACAUGACGCGGGUGUGUGUGUGUUUGGCAAUCUGUUCUGUUCCAUUUGGUCAUCAGGUCAUGGGAUUCAGUUUGUGCGCAACGACGCGAAGAUAUUUCGUUUCUGCCGGUCCAAGUGCCACCGGCACUUCAAGAUGAAACACAACCCUCGCAAGGCCAAGUGGACCAAGGCAUACAGAUCUUCUCACGGUGAGAGAGGGAGGGAGUGACAAAUGUGCGUGUGGUUGUGGACGAUUGCCUUGUGUCGUGUCGCCCGUCGUGAUGAUGCAGGGAAGGAGAUGACCAUAGACCCCACCCUCGAGUUCGAGAAGCGGCGCAACGCGCCUGUGCGCUACGACCGCGACUUGAUGGUCCAGACCAUCCAGGCCAUGAAGGCGGUCGACCGCAUCAAGACCAAGCGCCAGGAGCGGUUCCAGAAGACGCGACUCGCCGCCCAGCAGAAGUUCCGCAAGUCGAUUGCCGACUCGGUGCUUGCCAAGAAUGCCACACUGCUGCGCGGCCCCGCCAAGGCCAUCAAGGACGAGAACCUCAUGGCCGACACAGUGAGGGUGGGCGAGGCCGCCACGCAGAAGAAACGAUCGACGGCGGCUAUCAAGGCGGUGGACGGCAGCCUCCGGAGGAAGAAGGGGCUGAAGAAGGGUAUGGUUGGGAAGGGGACGCUGUCAGGGGGAAAGGCCAAGGCGGUCAGGCGGGACAAAGACGGGGACGUGGAGAUGGCAUGAUAUUACAUAGAUAUGACAGUGACAAUGAGCGUGGGUGUGUGUUGGGACCUCUGUCAAUGGCUGGCUUGGUGUUUUUCUGCGCCAUGCAUGACGACAUGUUAGUUAAACAAGUGAUGGAUACUGCCUGCCGUCGGAAUCAGUGCGUCU